GGAGGGGAGCUUCUGCAGCGGAGAAGGCCUCUCUGGGAAUUAGCCUUCUUUGCUUCCGUAUUUAAUUAGUUUAGAUGUUAAUUAAAAUGUUCAGAAGUCGUAUGAGAGCUGGCGGUCCUCUCUUUACAGCUGUGGAGGAGACACGUGCGGAAGCCAUUUCUGUUGCCUCUCCUCCUAGUGGCCGCAUCCAUUUCGCGCCGGUGGCCCGAUUUAAGGGUUGGAAGUAGUGAGUGUCCUCUUCAGAAUCGCAAAGCCCGGGGGCCCUCAUGACCCCGCUGGGAGGAGGACCCCGGCUGGUGCUGCUGUUCAGCGGGAAGAGGAAAUCCGGGAAGGACUUCGUGACCGAGGCGCUGCAGAGCAGACUUGGGGCCGAUGUCUGUGCUGUCCUCCGGCUCUCCAGCCCACUCAAGGAGCAGUACGCUCAGGAGCACGGACUGGACUUCCAGAGACUGCUGGACGCCAGCACCUACAAGGAGGCCUAUCGGAGGGACAUGAUCCUCUGGGGCGAGGAGAAGCGCCAGGCUGACCCCGGCUUCUUCUGUAGGAAGGUCGUGCAGGGCGUCUCCCAGCCGGUCUGGCUGGUGAGUGACACUCGGAGGGCGUCUGACAUCCAGUGGUUCCGGGAAAGCUACGGGGCUGUGACCCGGACAGUUCGUGUGGUGGCCUUGGAGCAGAGCCGACGGCAGCGGGGCUGGGUGUUCACACCAGGAGUGGAUGAUGGGGAGUCAGAAUGUGGCCUGGACAACUUUGGGGACUUCGACUGGGUCAUCGAGAACCAUGGAGAUGAGCAGCGCCUGGAGAAGCAGCUGGAGGACCUGGUCGAGUUUGUCCGCACCAGACUGUAGUUGUCAGGUUCUGGGAGCACCAGAAGCUGCAGGGGAUUGCCAUUUGCUAGGUUCUGUGAAAAAGCCUUUCAUACCGAGGGGGUGGGGGUUUAUUCCCGUGUGAUCUGAGGGCCUCGUGGGUCCGCCUGUGGGCAAAGGAGUGACUGCAGAGCCAGCACCGGGGCAGCACAUCUGUCACCAAAGCCCGUGCCCAGAAGCCCUGCAUUUGGCAGUGUGAGGGGCACAGGGCCACCUCCCUGGUUUUCAAAGCAGCCGGUCCCUCCCUGCCUGCGCCCGUGAAGAGACUCGGUGCUCAGGAUGGAUGUAACCCUACAGUGUGGAAUCAGACCGAGAGGUUACUGACUGGUUUUCCUCCCACCUUCACUGAGAUGUAACUGACAGAUAACAUGUAUAAUUUCAAGCUGUGUAACAUGAUUUGGUUUGUGUAUAUAUUACAAAAUGAUUACUACAAAAUAUGGUUAGUUAACACCUUCAUUACACCACGUAAUUGCUACACACACACAUACACGAUGUAUGUUUAUACACACGCACACACAUCUAUACAUAUAUUUUGGUGGUAAAAACAUUUAAGAUCUACUCUCUUGGCAACUUUCAACCAUACGCUAUAGUGUUGCUGAGUAUAGUCACCGUGUUCCGCAUUCGACCCCAGGACUUCGCCGUCUCAUGGCUGGAAAUUUGCACCUUUGACUGAUGUCUCCUCAUCCCCAUCCCUGGUCCUGGCAGUCACCACUCUGCUUUUGCUUAAAUGCUGUCUGCUCCAUCCAUGUUGUAGCAAAAGGCUGGGUUUCCUCUGUUUUGGCUGAAUAAUAUUCCAGUGUAUUUUUGUAUAUAUAUGUGUUCAUAUAUGUGUAAAAUGUACCAUAUAUUUUUUAAAAGAUUUUAUUGAUUUAUUUUUAGAGAGGGGGAGGGAGAAAGAGAGGAAGAGAAGCUGGGUGCAGCGAUGUCUUUUGAGAGAGUGAUUUCCUUUCCUUCAGGUGUGUACUCAGCAGUCGGAUUUCUGGAUGAUCACUGACUGCAUUAAUUUUAAACAUCAAGGAGGCAGAGAUGAAGCAGAAAGAGGAGGUGGGGUUGGUGGGUCUUAUGUGUCCUUGGAGAGGUUGCUGCCCUGGUUCCUGCCUCUGGGAAUUUGGAAGAGUCACAGCAUGUGACAUGGGAAGCCAGUGUCCUGUCCCCAGUCUUGGCUGGGUUGGCACUGAUGACUUUUAAAAUGGGAGGCCCCAGUGGUUAACCAGAGUCGCUGCCACUGGACUGGAAGUUCCUCCUUCCUUAAAAAAGCCCUGAUAUUCUGUAAAUAUCAAAAUCAAGAAUAACCCCGACAUUUGAUAGCUAAUGGGAGCUUUAGCUGCUUUUACUUUAGGACUCUCUCCCACCCCACUAGUGUUUCCUAGCUUUGUCUGUGGUUAACCUCAGAGUAUUGCUACUAAGUUAUUUUGUAAUAUGAAUAUGUUCUUUUAGUAAUAAUUUGCACUAACAUUGUCUUAACAUUUUAUUAUUCCAUUUCUGAACAGCUUUAUUGAGAUAUAAUUGGCAUGUAGUAAUGGCACGUGAAGUGUGCAAUUUGAUAAGUUUUGAUGUUUUUAUAUGCCCAUGAAACCAUUACUACGACCACACUGGACAUCGCAUCACCGCCAGAGCUUCUUCAUGUUCCCCUCCUCUUCCCUCGCCCUGACAUCCCACCUUCAUCUACAGGCAGCCGCUGGUCUGCCUUCUGUCUGUGCAGACUUGAUUGAAUUUUCAAUAAUUUUAUAUAAAUGAAUCAUAUAGUAGACAUUA